AUGGAACCCACUCGUUGCUUAGGAAACGAGACAUGCGCAGUAAUCACCACUAACGAUAUGGUCAAGGAGUACUCUACAGGGGCUAUGUAUAUAUUGUUUUUAAUUCAGGAGGCGUUGGUUGUAAUAAUAGUGUAUUCACUUAGAAUUCCGCCACCUAUACCCCUUCAGGAGGCGUGGCUGGUGCUACCUAAACACCCUUUAGGAGGCGUGGAGGAGGCGUCGUCAUAUACUAAAGUAAACUUUUUAACCAAAAACUAUAAGUUCUGGACCUCUCGCGGAAUCAAUGGCCCGAAACCUAUUGUCCUUUUUGGCACAUUUUAUCAAAACUUUUUUAAACCGAUGACAGAAGUGGCGGUCGAUAACAGCACAAAAUAUGGCAAAGUCUAUGGGGGAUUCUUCGGCACUCGACCUUUCCUUAUGAUAAGCGAUCCAAAACUGGUCAAAGAGAUUAUGAUAAAAGAUUUUCACUUAUUCGCCGAUAGAGACGAUAUGAUUACUGGCGAUUCACUUAACGAUAGGUCACUGUUUAAUCUGAAAGGAGAUGAAUGGAAAAAUAUGCGAUCAAUUAUAAGUCCAACGUUUUCGUCGGGAAAGAUGCGUUCAAUGCAUCCCAUUAUCAGUAAUUGUGUGAAGAAUUUGGAGAAACAGUUUGAGACGAGUGUAAGGAAUGGGAAACAAGAGAUUGAAUUGAAGAAAAUGAUGUCAAACCUAACAAUGGAUGUGAUAUCUCAGUGCGCUUUUGGCACUGAACUGGAUAUUUAUGGCGGAAAGACCAGUGAUUUUAUAACCUAUGCUCAGAAGAUAGUGCAGCCGUCGUUUCGGUUGUGGUUUGUGUUUCUAAUGGUCGUAUCGUUUCCAAAGUUUAUCCAAUGGACGGGAAUGUCUCUUCAGGAUCCCGGAGCCUCCACUUUCUUUCGCGCAGCCAUCCGAUCGAUUAUAUCGCGUCGAAAAUCAGAUAAAACUAAACAAAGAGAUUAUUUACAACUAAUACUAAACGCACAAAACAAGACUCUGGACACGACUGACGAACCGGACGUCGAGGGCGACAAAAGUGAUCAGAUUUAUGGCGAAACGGAUCAGUUAAAGGACCAGAAGAUUAAUAAAUCAAAAAUCCCUUCCGAAGACUACAAAUUAGGCGACACAGGAAUUACUAUUCCUAAGGGAACCACUGUUGACGUUGAUAUCCAGUCUAUACACCAUAACCCGGAGUAUUACCCAAACCCGGAUCGUUGGGACCCUGAGCGUUUUAUGCCUGAAAAUCGUGAUCAAUUAGUGCCGUAUACUUAUAUGCCGUUCGGAAUGGGACCCCGAAAUUGUGUGGGAAUGAGGUUUGCGUUAAUGGAGGCCAAGACAGCGAUCGCUCAUUUGGUCAAUAAAUAUUUGACUCGAAAUUUCAAUUAUUGGAAAUCUCGUGGAAUCGAUGGCCCGAAACCGAUCGCACUCUUCGGCACAUUUUAUCAGAUAUUUUUUAAACCCAAUCCAAUAGUGGUGUUGGAAAACGCCAGGAAAUACGGCAAUAUUCACGGAGCAUUCUUAGGCAAUCGCCCGAUGCUAUGCAUAGCUGAUCCGGAUCUGAUCAGAGACAUCGCCAUCAAAGACUUUCACGUGUUUGUCGAUCACAACGACUUCCAAUCUGGGGAUCCAUUCAGCGAUCGGUCGCUCUUUAACCUAAUGGGAGACGAGUGGAGAAAAAUGAGAUCAAUUAUUAGUCCCACAUUUUCAUCGGGAAAAAUGCGAUCAAUGCAUCCCAUUGUCACCGAUUGUGUCCAUCGACUGGAGAAUUAUUUGAUGGAAAAAGUGAUUAAUAAUGUCAGACAUAAUAAAGAGAUUGAGUUGAAGAAAGCGAUGUCGGAUCUGACGAUGGAUGUGAUCACUUCGUGCGCUUUCGGCACUCAAUUAGAAUGCAAAUAUAUCACAACACAUAUACAUUUGAAUCAAUUAUAGUUAAGUUAUUGCAUAAAAAUAUAAAAAUGAUAUUAAUGUCUGUUUAUAUACCUCCUGUUCCUAACAUUCCUCAGUUAAUUGAAUUCAAAGAUUGUUUAAAUAAAAUUAUUACAGAAUAUUCUGAUCAUUUACUUAUAGUUUGUAUUAUUUUGAAAAAUUGAACGAGCUUUAUGUGAACGACGUUAAAAAUUUAAAGAUGAA